UCGUCUCAACGUAGCACGAAAUGUGUCUCCUCUCAGCAAAGACACACUGACGUGAGACGUGUUAGUUAACGGUUCUUUUUGGUAUUGAAAGUUUUGCUUUUGUCGCCUCAAGAUUGUUUCGAUGUUAUACUCUGCAUAUUAACAUUCCGCUUGUAAAACGUAAUAUUUAUUGGCCAAAAGCUGCCGACUUCGUUUCUUCUAAAGAGUGUCCGCUUCCCCUCCCCUCGAUGAAGCGCUGCGAUGCCCUCUGAUUUUAUAUCCCUCCUUAGCUCGGAUCUCGACCUCAAUUCCCCCAAAUCUCUAUACUCAAAAGAGUCGGUAUAUGACCUCCUCCCCAAAGAGCUCCAGCUCCAGCCGCCGUCCACCCAGACAGACACACCCACCAUGAGCCAGAAGAGUGGGGGAGAGGCGGGACCUCCCCCCUCUGCAGCCUUGGCCUCAGAUGCCACCUCUUCCACCUCCAGCCCCUCUGCCUCUUCCUCCUUGGCCAUGGGAGUCCCAUCCACUGGCCCCUCUCCCUCAUCCUCAGACCAUCUCAAGGUUCCCCAGCAUCUCCACUCCACCGGAGGGGAUGGAGCUGAAAUUUCAGAGAUGCAAGGUAUGGAAGGUGCUGUAUCUGCCCCCAGCAGAGGCAACAGUGGCGUAAACACUGCAACAGGAGACAUAGGGCCAGGAGUGUUGUCAGGGCUAGUAGUCCAGCAGCCUCAGAACACCCCAUCAAAAAGGAGGCCUGUGUUAAGUAUAUCCCCGCCACCUGAGGACCUAUUUGACGACAGCCAGAUGUCUUGCCAAGAGGAGCCUACCGUAUCCGGUCCACCUGGUCCAGAUUCAGAGCAUAGCAGCAGCAUGUGGGCUGAUGACUCCGUCUCCAACUUCAGCUUGGUCAGCUCCGUCUCCUACAACGACAACACAGAGGUGCCGCGCAAGUCUAGAAAACGCACCCCUCGCCAGCGCCCUGGCCCCAAGCCUGCCCCUCCGGAGGACAGCAUGGAUGUGUUUGAUGCUGACAGCGCCAAGGCACCUCACUUUGUCCUAUCCCAGCUGGGCACAGACAAGACCAGUGCCAUGGCCAGUUCUCUUGAGUCAGGGACUGCAGUGAAGGGGGGGUCACUGUCUACUCAGUUCCCCCUGAAGAGUGAUGGGAAGGAGCUAAAGAUCCUGGUACAGCCAGAGACCCAGCACAGAGCUCGCUAUCUGACCGAGGGCAGCAGAGGUUCCGUCAAAGACCGCACACAGCAGGGAUUCCCCACUGUCAAGUUGGAGGGCGUGACUGAACCAGUUGUGCUUCAGGUGUUUGUAGCGAAUGAUGCAGGGAGAGUGAAGCCUCAUGGUUUCUACCAGGCAUGCAGAGUGACAGGACGCAACACAACUGCCUGCAAGGAGGUGGACAUAGAGGGCACCACUGUUAUUGAGAUCCCCCUGGAGCCCAGCAGUGACAUGACACUCGCGGUGGACUGUGUAGGAAUUUUGAAACUGCGUAAUGCAGACGUGGAGGCCCGUAUUGGCGUGGCAGGGUCCAAGAAGAAGAGCACGCGUGCCAGGCUGGCAUUCAGAGUGAGCAUCCCCCAACCCGAUGGAUCAGUCCUUACUCUACAGGUCCCCUCAUCACCCAUCCUCUGCACACAGCCAGCAGGAGUGCCAGAGAUCCUGAAGAAGAGUCUUCACAGCUGCUCAGUGAGAGGAGGAGAGGAAGUUUUUAUCAUUGGAAAGAACUUCCUCAAAGGAACCAAAGUUAUUUUUCAGGAGAACGUUGCAGAUGACAGUUCCUGGCAAGCGGAGGCAAAGAUUGACAUGGACCUUUUCCAUCAGAACCAUUUGAUAGUGACCGUCCCUCCGUUCCAUAACCAGUCAAUCACUUCUCCAGUAUCUGUGGGAAUCGUGGUGAUGACCAAUGCUGGUAGAUCACAUGACGCCCAGCCCUUUACCUACACUCCAGACGCAGUCUUACCCACAGCUGACAACUCAAAUGUCCGGACAGUAAAAACAGAGGGACCCUCCCUGGUCAAGACGUGCAUAUUUGAUGGCCAGAUCAAAUCUAUAUCUUCUGAGCGAACUGACUGCUCUGGUCAGCCUUCUAAACGGCAAGAGGACACACCAAUGGAAGUGUCUAGCAAUCCACCAACCACAGAUGUCUUUAAGCCAUCCCCUGACCCUCUCGUCUCAGUGCAGCAGACUCUGGAGCUCAGCUCUAGUCCUCAUCCAGGUGGAGAGUCCUUUCAGAGCCCAAUGCCCCUUCAACCUGAAGAUGUGGAGCUUCCCCAGGCACCCCCUGUCUUCCCUAGCCUAGAGUCUCUCAGCACCAUACAAAAGGAAGACAUCGCACCCACAACCUCUUUCCCAGUGUCGGGAGAUACUACAAUCCCUCCUGUGACACCAGAAGUCCCUCAGCAAUUCCUCAGAGACCCUCAGGACAGUCUGCCUCCUGAGAAUCCGAAUAAUACUGGAGGGGUUGUAGUCUUGGCCAUGUCCCAAAUAGCAGCUCCCUCUCAGCCUCAGCAGUCACAGGUUCCCCUGUUUCCCCAGGAAGGGGUGGCCCAGCUUGAGAGGGCAGUAAGGGAGCUACAGGCUGGUGGCAACACCACACUCCAGCAGGUGUUGGAGGCAGCUGUAGCCCAGCAGCAGCUGAACUCUGUGCUGUACAGCCCCACGCCCUCUGCAGACUCCCUUCAGCAGCACGUCCAGGAGAACAUGAAUAGCCUUAGAUUGGGAACCACAGAUAAUUCACUAUCGACACAACAGCAGCUGCAGAUACAACAGCAACAGCAAAUACAGCAGCAGCAGCAGCAACAGCAACAACAACAACAACAACAAAUACAACAACAGUUUCAACAGCAUCAACAACUGCAGCACUUACAGCAGCAACAGCAGCAAGUUCUUGGCAACAUGCAGCUCCAACAACAACUUAUAUUACAGCCACAAGACCAACAGCAACUGCAGCAGCAGCAAAUGAUGGAGAAUAUUCAACAGCAACAACAACAGUUGCAACAAAAUCAGCAAGUCCUUAACAACAUCCAACUUCAGGACCAGCAACAACAAAAUCAAAUAAUUACCAAUUUACAACAACAUCAGCUUCAACAACAGCAGCUACAACGGCAGCAACAUCAGCAGCAAAAUCAAGCUUUGAGCAAUUUACAACAGCAACAACAACUGCAAGAGCAGCAGGUCUUGGAUAAUUUACAGCAGCACAUUCAGGCUGAGUUGCUUCAGCCCCAGAUCCACUCCUCCUCGCAAGUACAGCAGCCAGUGUCCCUCCUUCAGGCUGGAGACCUGCUUACCAUUCAGACCAGCUUCCCAACACAGCCUCCAUCCCACACAUCUCCCCCACAACAGCUCUUCCAAUCACCCAGGCCCCUGGCUGAGACACAGGGCUCCCAGCAGCAGGUACAGGCUACCCUGCUCCAGAAUACACUGACCGUUCUGACUAGUGGCAGUCUCAACUCAGAGCAGCAGUCCACAGGGUCAACCCUAUACCUGUCCCCAAAUCCUCAGCCCCAACAACAGCAACAGCAGCAGCUGGCAUUCAUUUCAUCCAUGGAGACUUCUAACAGCCAGCCCCAGUCUGUUGCAAUGUUUCAGAACCAGCCCCAAGCUCAGCUUUCCCAAAUGCAGCAACACAGUACCCCCAUGGAGCAGCAGCAGUCUCCACAGCAGAAUCAACAACAGCCACCCCAGCUUCCAAUGGGCCAGCAGGGCUCCUUGUUCCAAGGUAUCCCAAACCACUCACAGGCUAACCCUGUCCCCCAGAGCCAGCUUUCCCAACCCCAGCAGACAGGUCUACUCCUCUGCACCACAGAUCUAAACCCCCAGGCUAUUCCCCCAACUAUUCUCUUCAGCACACAGACCCAGGGCCCUUCCCCUAUAGGGAGCCUCAGCGUUGGAAUGCCCCAGCCAGACCCAGCGGAGCCCAUGUCCUUCCAAGACCAGAGCUCCUCAGGCGGCAACUCGACAUCCACUGAGAAUCAACAGCAGAGCCUGUUCCAGGAGCAGCAGCCAAUGCAAUUGGGCCCAAGUUCCAGCAACAUCCAGAGCAGUCAACCUGUGGAACUGUUCACAUCUCUAUCCAGCCUGCAAAGCACUAUUGGCUCACAGGAGCUGAACAACCAGGCUCCAGCCGCUGGCGCAACCAUCUUUGUGGUACAGGGUAGUGUGGGUGUGGUAGCCAACCCUGGCCAGCAGCCCCCAGAGCAGCUUUUCCAGACAACUGUGGGUGGGAAUGUGGCUCCACAAAGACAGGCCAACCUGUUUGUGUUUGGCAUCCAGAAUGACUCACCCCAGCUGCUCAAUUCCUCCGGACCCACCCUGCCGGCUCAGAGCCAGCCCCAGAACUCCAGUCACAUGCAACCUCUGUUGGACCAGCCCAUGGCCCAAGCUGCCUCCUCGAUGCCGGCCACCAUGCACAGCAGCUUACAGAACACCCUUCAGGCACAAAUGCAAUCCAGCUUAGAGAAUGCCAUGCAGACCAGUCUACAGAAUGCAAUGCAGACAAACACACAAACCGCCCUGCAGUCCAGUUUACAGGCAACCAUAGAAACAAGCCUGCCAACUCCAAUGCAGACCAAUCUACAGACACAGAUACAGAGCAGCUUACAGAAUCAAUUGCAGGCAUCAAUAUCUGCAUCGUCCAACAUGGAUAAAAUUGAGGACCUACUGGAAAGCCUACAGAAGCAGUGAUAAAUGUUUGGACCAUAUGGGCACUAAGGAGAGUGAGUGAUAUGUAGCUGAGAGUUAUACAUCAAACAGAAUGUUGGUGUUUUGUGUCCAUGCCAUAAAACUUAGACAAUUUUAAAUAUUUAAGAAUAAAACGCCCCUUUUACCUAUAAACAGCCUCCCUCCCCCAAAUUAUGAGAUCAUGUAAGUCCUUGUUUUUAUGGAAUAUUUAUAAUUAAUUAUAGCCUCCAUACAUCCAUUGUCCUUGAAUUGAUGAGUCCGCCUUGUUGUUACCCCUCUUGCAGGAUCAGAGAGGCCUGUAAUAACUGCUUUGUCCAUCAUUCUCACAAAUGCAGUGUUUUGUUUGUGUUUUAAUAAUGUGAGCCUAAGAGAUGAUGAAGAUGAUGAUGAUGGAAAAAAAAACCUACCAGGUUCGGGGGAAGAACUGGAAAGGGAUAAAGAAUGUCAGCGACAGGGAAACGGGGGAAUAGUAAUGUGAGAUGUGUCUGUAAGACAUCCAGCCAUAGAGUGAAUAUCAGAUUGCACUUAAGUGUGAGAUACAGGCUGAAUUUCAUCUUGUGAGUGUGUAAACUCCAAGUGUCUGUGAGGUGCGUUUUUGUCUGUUCGUCAGGUGGAGCAAUAGUGGAAGAUCACCUGAGAUAAAAAUUGGGAUUAAAUAAUAUCACAACCACUGAAGUUUAAACAUCUUUUGCCAUGGAUAAUGUAAGAAUUUUUGCAAUUAAUUAAACUAGGCGCUUGCAUAUGUCAACAAUUGGAUGAAAAUCUAAAAAGAGUAAAAGUCGUUCAAUCAAGUACAUCUGUAGAAAUUUUUGCUGGCAUGGCUGGAGUAUGCACCUAAGCAGACUAUCAGAAGGAGAGUUAAAUAUUGAUAUCAACUCCCCCAAAACGAAAUGAACUUACUCUGGGUAUCAAUACAUUUUGGUAUUGCAGGGGGUUCCCCCAUGUGCAGAAAGCGGAGGGACUAUUAAACACUCGCAAAUGAGAUUCAACCUGGUGUAUAAUGCGACUUGGCCUUUCGUUUUGGCACCUCCUAGUGUUUUCAUACGCUUAAGCCUCAUCACUGGGUUUGCGGAAGCUUUCUUGGGGAAAUUUUAAGAAGCAUUCAGCUAUGUAGUGUGUGUAUCUUUUUGUUUUGAAGAAGUUAACCAAUUUAAUGUGGAUAGAGAGAAACUUUCCACUCGUGAAAAUGGAGUGUUGUGUGGUUUUAUAAACAUUUUAUCUCAAGCACUUUAUAACCUCUAGCUAAUCCUUAUAUUCGUCCACAGCUCUCUACUGACCCAGCUGAAUUUGUACUCAGAAAUGUCCAGUUACAAAACAAGAAAAACAUUUAAAAAAAACAUAAAGCAGUUGUCUUUGUAAAGGUAAAUACAUCUUAACCAAGCAUUUUUACAUUUUCUCAUGAAUAUUUUUGAGGUCUAGGACAACUUUGUAUAGAAUGUCUGCUCACUGUUGAAUUCCUCUUUGUAUUCAGUCUCAGUGGUCCAGUCAAGUCUGUCAAAAAAACAGCCAUUCCACUAAAGCAUUGUCAUUUUUCAGUGGUGGAGUGGUAAAGUAUGCCUUUGUGUUUUACACGCUGAAAAAACACCUAAAAUACUGAUUCAUUUAGUUUGAAAUGAAGGAUUUUCAUCAUAUUGCUAUUUGUACUACUUACUGUUAAAUCUGUCACUUGAGACUGUUUUAACUUGUGUUGUGUUAAAUAUUUAAGUUUUCGUCUGUGUUGGUACCGUGUGCAGGCUGGCGCCAUGUGAAGUUGGCAUCCAGUACCCAUCCCUUGUGUUGUGAACAGGGGGCUCCCUGGUAAAUGAAAUCUCUGUUACAUAGAGGCCGCCAUUUUGAUUCUAUCUGUGGUGCUAUGUGCAGGAGUGAUGGGCACUUCUGAUGUGAUGAUACAGAACAGUUUAUACGUAUAUCAAUAGCACUGACAUUAAUUGUUAGUUUUGAAGCGGAGUUGAGUCUAGAGAGCUGGCUGCUGUUGUGGGGUCAGACUGGAGUGCACCCAGGCGUACCAAAGCUCCUGUUGUGAAUCGCCGUCAUCUUGUCUCAUUCUUGUCCUUGCAAACGCCCUCAUAAUGUUUACUUAUUUGUACUUAUUUAAAUUAUGCAGCUCUUACAUGGAUAGCAAUUCAGCAUGUUGUUUUAAGUACAAGAUUUAUAAAAGAUAUGUAAAGGUACUUUAUUUCAUGGAUCAGUUAAUCCCUCAUUAACAUUUCCACCGAUUUGCUCCAUAACAUUUGUCAUUACAGUACUCUAUUUUUUUUAAUGCAAAAUAACACUGCUGUACUUUCCUACUUAUAUCUACAAUAGUAGCCAAUUUGGCAUAAUCAAAAAGCCAAUUUUUGAGAAUAAUUCAAAUGUUAGAAUAGCAUUUCUCACACAUGCAUUUGUUUACAUUUUCAUAGGCAUACUAUUUUGUCUUGCAGCUGUUAGUGAUCCAUUUUAAAGUAACUUAUCUUUUCUAGAAUUUUGUAUCCAUUUAUCAAAUCAAAAUGUAGAAUAUUUUUGUAAAACUACACUUUCUGGUUUCUGCUCAUAGCACAGAAUAUCAUUGCUGGUAUGUUUUCCUGAAAUGAAAUGAAGUCCAGGUUUAUUGUGAAGAGUAUGACUGAAAAUAGAAAUGUAACGUAGUGGACAUCAAGCAGAUAUCUUGAACUUAAUUCUACAGUUUUAACAUUGACUUUACCCAACCUGUAUAACAUGAUACAUGGGCUAGGUUUGUUGUGUGUGUUGUUUGACUUUGUUUUUUUUUGUCUUUUAAUGUCAUGCAUCUCAAAUGGCACUUUGAUUCAUCCAUUAACUGUAGAUCAGGUUAGAGUGCAGUAGUGAUGUUUCCAAGCAUUCCAUUCCUCUCGGGUGGAGGAGUUUAAGAGCACACGAUGUUGCGGAAGAAGUGCGGAACAGUAUUGCCUCUUAAAGCCAUACCAACACAGAAAGCCGACCUGUGACUUCAGUUUCAUGAAUGUAAAUUUUACCUCAUGGUGUGGACAUAGAGCUUGCUCUACAUCUAACAUCGGACCAAUUACAGUUUCAGAGAACAUUUUGAGGCAGAGGGGAUGGGUGGGGUGGCACCAACUGUCAUUUGUAUCUAUGUACAUUUGUCAGAUUAUUUUGUCUUGGAUUGUGGUGUAAUUUCAUGUUUUCACGUCCAGUCAUUUUUCAUUAUGAGCAAUCCAGGAUGCUCAGUCUGACUCUUCAAAUAGCCACUUCCACCUUUACAAAAAAAAAAAACAAACAAAAAAAAAACAUACAAAACACGUGAAACAUGAAUUUAAUGUUCGUGAAGAUAGCACACAAAUCUGUACACAAUAUCAGUUUUGUCCUUCAGUCAUGUAAAUGAAUAUCCAUGUAUAUUUAAAUGUGAAAUAUACUGCAGGGGGUAUCUUGAAUUUCAAUUGUGAUGCUUUCAACAGAACUUUGUGUGCCUUGAUAACUUACCGUUACGCCGCUGUGUUUACUGGUGUCUCUUUUGUGUCAUUGCUAUUUUGCUCCUUGUCCUUUUUAUUUUCUAUGACUGUUCGACACCAGGACAAUUUUCAGUGAUUGAAUCUUUAUUUCUAAAACACAAGCAUAACCAUAGCCCAUACCGAUAUAUAUUUUAGGUUUAACAUUUUCCUUGGAAAUCCAUUACAAGAUAUCCGUGAGUAGUAUUAACAUAAAAUUGCGCAGCUUCACUGUUGACUUGUCACCUUGUUCAUUGUUUUCUGUUGAAAAUUGUUUUUCACGCCUCAUGAGAUUUGUACAUGUGAGGUAAAAGGGAUGAGACAGUGGAGAUUAUUUUAUGGAGAGCUUUCUUGUGUUGAUGUGCUUGUCAACAUUACUAUUGUUGCUGUGAAAUGCUUGAUAAAAAGGAGCAUCCAUGAUAAAUUAACUGUUAAUUGCCAAUAGUGUGAGCUGUAUCUUGUGUGUAAUCAGUUUGCUCACUUCUCCUAGUUCGCUUUCUAUUUCACAUUCUCCAACAGUUAUGUUGUAUCCGUUCUGUGUAGCUUGAGCUUUAGUAUCUAGCCUUAAGACCCUGCAGUCUGGAUAAAAGGUCAACCCGAGUGUGUUAUCAUACAUCUGAACUAUUAUUAACAUGUACUUUGCCUUGGUCUGGACAUUUGUAUACUCUUCUGUUUAUAUCUGUAAUCCUGCUGCUACAUUAAAUGAAUUAAUAAAAAUAUAAAUGUC